UGAUAUUUCAUUGCUUGUCGAUCAAUCCAUGCAGGACGCAGCGGCAACGUCGGCGAGCAACCGGCUCUACGUCUACCAUUGCUACUGCAGCCGCGUCGUGCUCGUCCUCGAUACAAUGCUCGAGUCGCUGCCAGUGCGCAUCACAGACGGAUCCCGCGUCGCACUGCUCGCAUCGCAGGUGCAGAAGGUGAAUGCUGUGGAUGCAGGAUCAGUGCUGCUCCAACGAGCAAACGGCAUUGAACGACAGCAUCGUCUCAAGUGCGCGCGAUGUGGUCUGCGCCUGUUCUACAAGGCCACGGGCACUGCGCACGACGAGUUUCUGUACAUUGUCAACGGCGCGCUCUUCCUCAAGCCGCCAGUUGCGCCGGCAAUCGCUGCCGCGGCGUUCCAUCGUAAGAAUGCCGCUGGCGAUGCCGCUGGUGCAAAAGCGGCGCUCGAAGCGGCGUCCGCCCUCAGGCAAACCACACACAUUCUCGCCGACAAACGCGCCAACCGAACGAUCGUCAACGACGGAAGCGACUCUUCCGGAGAUGAGGAAUUGACCAACGACCAGCUCGCGUCAGAGUACAACUCCAAUGCCAGAGUUGUUGCCGCCGCCGCAAGAAGCAAGCGCAAACCAGAGGAAGAAUUGCAAAGCGAGGAAAAGCGGCGGCGAAAGGGCACGCUGAUGACGUCUUAGAAAUUCAAUUUGCUCAGAAAUUCAAUUUGCUCGAAAUAUAAUGUGUCAAAAACAAUUGAUCUCCGC